AUGCCGAUGUUAGUGGUUCAGACCAAUGUCCCGCGCUCCGCGGCGCCCGACUCCCUGCUGUGCGAGCUCACCACGCAGCUGGCCAAGGCCACGGGCAAGCCAGCCCAGUACGUCGCAGUGCACAUCUCCGCGAAGCAGCUGAUAUCCUUCGGGGGCUCCUCGGACCCGUGCGCUCUGUGCAGCCUGCACAGCAUCGGCAAGAUCGGCGAGCCCCAGAACAAGGCGUACAGCAAGCAGCUCACCAAGCACCUCAAAAUUCCCGGUGGCAGGAUUUAUAUCAAUUACUACGACAUGAAUGCAGCCAAUGUGGGCUGGAAUGGGUCCACCUUCGCCUGAGCUCCCUUGCUG